AUGGGUAAAUUCGUAACCGAGGGGGACACGUCGCCAAUAUUCGGGAAAAGAUGCGCAGAUGCCCGAGCUUCCGGCGCGGGAUUUUUAUUAAAGAUCGGAGGACGAACGGCGUGUCGGUCUCCAAAACUAAUUCCAGCCGGUGAUUCACCGUCUCAUUCUUCUCCGAGCUUCUCCUCCGCCGCCGUCUACUUCCUCCUUACUCGUCUCCCCCGCAUUUUCAUGUCCAUCUUGCCCAUACAGACUCAAGGUUCCGCUUCGUCUUCUUCGUUCGAAUCUCCUGCUCUAACCUCCGAUCCUGAUUAUGGCGCCAUCCUUUCUCCCGCUCAACUAUCUCCCGCCUCUCAUCCUCCUCCCUCCCGCCAAUUUCGAUCCAUGCCUCACUCUCCAAACUCCUCUGUCUCAGGGACGUUGGGGUUGGGUGGAGAAGAGGUUGUCAGUGGAUCUUCCCAAGAGGUGACUCAACCAGUGACACCAAUUGCCAAUGCAAUUUUGUCCCACCAGAAUGUAGAGAAGAGUGGCUCCUCCACCUCUGGCUCUCGAGCAGUUGGCUCCAGGCAAUCUAAAGGGAGAGUGUCAGGAAAUGGUGUGCCUCUUCAGAGUGAAAGGAAUAAUCUUUCAACUAACUCUCAAGGUGGAAGUUCACAUUCUUCUGGGAGGAGAACCCAGAUGAUGAAUGCUAACCAUCUCCUCAACUUCCAUUAUGAUCCUAUAACGCGGUCUCAGCCAAGGAUGGCUCCUCCAAGACGGCAUCAUCAGAAGAUCAAGCCUUACAAUAAGGAUUUGUUCCUUCAGGCUAAUUUCAAGUUUGUUGUGCUGGACACUGGGGACAGCUCUCCUGAAGCUUUGGAUCCUGAUAAAAAUCUUAGAUGGGAGGAUAUUUUAUGUGUCAGGUACUCCACUUCAGUACCACUGCAGUGUCCGGUAUGUUUGGAGCAACCCUUGUGCCCCCAAAUAACUUCCUGUGGCCAUAUCUUUUGCUUCCCUUGCAUUGUUCGAUAUUUGCUUAUGGGUGAAGAGGUUUUCAAGGGAGAUUGCUACAAACGGUGUCCUUUAUGUUUUCUGAUGGUAUCUCCAAAGGAUUUGUACACUUUGACUGUUGAGAAUGUUAAGCAGUACAGUGUUGGCGAGACUAUCGAGUUCAUGCUACUUAUUAGGCAGAAGGAUUCCUUCACUCCUUCAAAGAGGAAUAAGCAGGAAUCAGAUUCAACAUUGAGAUGCAAUGAUGAUGCCAGUGAUCCAUUCUCAAAAUUUAUAUUUACGUCGGAUGUAGAACUUUCCGUGAGAAAACCAAUUUCAGAGUUGGAUGAUUGGUUAGCUAGAGCUGAUUCGGGACUUGUGGAUGACUUGGAGAAGCUUCCCUAUGUUUGUGCUGCAAUGGAGCAAUUAGAGCAGAGGAAGAAUUAUUGGAUUGAGUUGCGGGCAUGUGAUAUCAAUACCACGCAUAAGCAGGCUUGUAAUCAGAAAGGAUCUUUGAUUGGCACUAGUGCUCAUCAUGUAGUCUCUAGUACCAGGUAUUCAUCAACUCCUGUUGAUGUCAUUGAUCAGGCUAAUUUGUUGGAUAGCAUCAAGCUGGAUUCCACCGAGUCACAUGAAGAACAAGAUGUCGUUUUAUCAUCUUCAUAUGGUGAUAAAAAGAGCCUACGGGAGCCACCAAAUGGCUCUAGAGAUAGGGAUAAAGGCUCCUACAACUUUUACCAGGCAGUUGAUGGUCAACACUUCAUACUCCAUCCUUUCAACAUGAAGUGUCUUCUUCGUCAUUAUGGGAGCUAUGAGAUGCUUCCUGACAGAAUAAAUGGGAAAAUCCUGCAGUUGGAACCUAUGACCCAAACAGAGGCUAUGAGAAGACGUUAUCGUUACUUGAGUCAUUUUUCUUUGACGACAACUGUCCAGUUGUGUGAAAUUGAUAUGAGUGAGAUACUACCGCCUGAUGCCCUACUUCCUUUUAUGGACGAAAUAAAGAAGAGGGAGCAGCAACGGAAGCAACAAGCUGACAGAGAACGGAAGGAAAAGAUAAAGGCUGAAGCUGCUAUUGGUGCAUAUGAUAUACCUUUUGUACCUAGGUUCGAGUCAUCAUCUUAUGACGUUUCCCCUACAUUCUCCAUGGAUGAUUUUGAAGGUAGUGACAUUCCUGUGUUUCUUAUGACCAUUUUUGCUUGGUUUUUAUAACCGUUCAUCUUUCUUGGCUUGAUGGUUGGUUCUGUGUCUUUGAGUUUAGCCUUGGGGAAUUCCAGUUCGAUGUCAUCAAGCCCUCCCAUGGCUGGAGAUAAGCUUCUCUUCUCCAAUGUUACGCGGCUCGGUUAUGCUGCUGGUUACGGUUCUCCAGGCUUGAGAAUCGAGGAAGCUAGGGCAGCCCAGGCUAAUAAUCACAUGAAAGAUCCGGCUCAUGAGGGAGGUUCUGGCACAGGAACUGGCACAAGAAACCAGGGGACGCCAUCUUUUGCCAAUGUAAUAUCGAGGGAAAGGACUGGAGAGGCCCCCAAGAGCAACGAGGGUGCAAGUAAGAAAGGGAAGAAGGCGAACCGGGUUCUUCUGUCGACGGCAGGUGGACGACGCUAUUGAGCUUUUCUUGUUUUUAGCUUUCUUGUUGUUAAUAAAGGAGUAACGCAGGGCCUGUUGGUUGCCGUCGAGCAUGUCUCGGUCGUCUGUUUGUUAUGGUAUAAUUCAGUAUGACUUGAGAUAAUUGUACAGAAGGAUGGAUGGGAAAUGCUGCCUUUCCUUUUUGGGUUCACUAGGAAAAUGUAUUGACUAACUUAUUAUGAUGCACGUAAGAGAGUAGUUUCCUCUUCUGCGACCUUGUUUAAGUUGCAAUCUUUCGUGUUUAUUAAACCAAAUGAACAGAAUUUGGGGUUGACUACAUAGUGGGAUGGCUUAGUUAUUAGUCAGAGAGAUC